AUGCCCAUUUCGAAAAACAUCUUCAAAUACUUGUUUCAUCAUGUCAUUCUUCCCCCCCGGCUGCCACAACACUAUGAUGAGGAUGAACUAGAGGUUGGCUGUCCCCCGGAGCGCAGCCUCCACCUAUUCGCUCAAGAAGCUCUGGAGUCUUUCAUAACAGAGACAUCGCCAGAAGAAAAAGAGAUUUGGCAUAUUGUGGUGGGCAUGCUUCAAGAUUGGAAAGAAGUGGACAAGCGGGGUUCGGUUUGUCAAGAUACCUUGACCCAUAUUAUAUCAGACCUCAAAUCCAAAGGGGCGGCCGCUUUAUACAUCCGAUCACAUAAUUGCGGCUGGGUGGCAUACUACGAUAAAUGCAAUUACAAAGUGAUUAUUGAUGCGUUUGAAGCGUCGCCUAUCGCAAUGGACGUAAUAUCCGCUCCUGGGAGCCUUGCGCGCCAGUUUCCUGGUGUGAGCGUUGCCCUUCCGGGUGGUUUGCUUGAGGAUGCUAGGUUCUGUAAAGAGCUCUCUAAAAGCCUUACACGCCUGGCCACUGAAGAAGUGGGAGAAAUGAUGUUCAAGUCCCACAAAGCUGGAAUACCAGUUCCGGAAGAGCGGGAUACCACUCAUCCUGGUCUUGUCACCGAAGGCCUGAUGAGCCAACUUUUGGCAUUUGGGGAAAGCAGCACAGCACCACUGUUUUACAAAAACACGCGGGAUGACGUCAAUUGGAGAAGUAGCAGGCUGCCUUGGAGAAGUUCUCCUCAUUGGUUUGUGUUACGGGUUGCACUUCAUACAGUGCUUCUACGUGCUCUUCCUAACGGAGAAGGUCAAAAGCGAUACAAUAAUUUCAUGCUAUAUUUUGUGGCUGAGCUUGGAAUUUUAUCCACGCUUAUUCGACCAAGUGUGCCUUCAGAUCACUUGGAGAUCAUCCGAGUCAAGACGUGUCGACGCCUUCUCAAAUUAGAGGGGGAAGCCUACGAGUUCGUCCUGUGA